AUGUCCGAUCUUUGGUGUUCUUUGAUCUCUGCCAUUGCCCCCAACACUGAAGCCAUGCCUGCUGUACUCCAGUCCACCAUUCAUUUGCUCGAAUCUGAGCUGGUGAAGGCUCGGGCUGCUCUCCAGGAAAUUCAACCCGAUGCCACUCUCCCGCGCAUUGGUGACGAGAUCGCUGUCGGCGCCAUGGCCGCCUAUAGACAGAAUCUCAUCGGCCGUGCCCCCGAUUUCUACGGUGCUCGUCGUCUGACCCUCAAAGAAUUGGGCCUCCAGCCUGUUGUGCAUGAAAUAACAUCUGAGGUCAUGCCAGAGAUGAUGGCCCAAUCUGAGGCCAUUCAUCUGCGAGCACCUCUCGAGGAAAUGCUCACCAAUAGUCUGAUUCUCGAUCACAUGGCACCGUAUCUCUCCGUGCCGUCCUUAAUGGCCCUAUCGAUGGCCUCGCGACACCUUCACGAUGCGAUUACCAAAACUCCCUAUAUAUUCAGACAUCUCGAUCUGACUCGCUGUAAAGGCGCUCAGCUUCCCGCCUCGCGGCAAGACGACGACUCUCAAACAGAGGAUGAGGUAUACUCGGCUCCCUUGCGCCAUAUUUUCUCCAGCCUCGGAAAAAGAUCCCUGCUACAGGAUGUGCGCACAUUGGUUUUGGACGGUCUCUCCGUACCCGCCGAUCUAGUUUCGGACAUUAUUCUCACCGAUCGAUUCAACGUCAAUAUUCUGUCCAUCCGCGAAUGUACUCAUUUGAAUGAGCAUAAGCUUAUGCAGAUCAUUCAGCACGCAGUUCGACCCACUCGCCCCGAAGGAACUCCACGGGUCAAAGGCAUUUAUUUCUUUUCCCCGGUGCGUAAGGCGCCAUGCGCCGUAGUGCGCCGCCGUUAUCGAGACUGGUGGGGCGCUCGGGUGGGUAGCUCACGGAGCCCCAGCCAGAGCUCGUCGAGUAGCUCGUCUGACAACGAAGACGAGGUUACAGUCACCCGCCCAACACGUCAACAACAGAAUGAAUGGUACAGUCCUACUGGCAAGAUCUUCAAACACGCCUUGGAAGAAGGUUGGGCACGGACUCUUCAAAAAGCAGAAGGUAUCAUCGCCUUUGAUGCGGUGCUCUGUCGCGGGCCGCGGCACGAUGUCAAUCAAUAUACAUCAGUGAACGAGGAAAGCGCACCAUCUGAAGGCCCUCUCCUGGAACCAGCUGUAGCUACGGUGGCUUUGGGACCCCGCGGCUGUGAUGGGUGUCAUAGUUCCCCCGAGGGUCCCGCCAUUUGGGGCCAGUCUCCCGAUAUGCACUUCCCACUACUGAGCCCGAUGCCAUUGCACGUUUCAAAUGUUGCGACUGCAAAACGACCAGAGAUGAUACCGGGCAAGCACCCGCUCCUAUUUGCAAGCUGUGCGGAUUGUCUCGCCGAUCGCUGGUGUCAGCGCUGCAACAAGUGGUUCUGCUCCAACUGCCUGUCCAAUCCACAACAUGUACGGGCUAAUCUAUCGCCACACCAGACAGCGGUACGGCCAGAGGACCACAACGGACCACGGCUCCCAGAUCGAGAGAGACUCGAGCGAGGCGUCAGCAAGGACUGCUGGGAAUGCGGCCCAACUGUAAGUAGACUGCUCAACUAUGAGAGUCGUCCGCUAAAUCUCAGAUCCAGUGUGUUUCUUGUAAGUGGGACUGCCAGCACACCUGUCAGAGCUGCCGGGGCGAUUAUUGCAUCGACCACAAUGAGGGUUGCUCUGCCACAAUGUGUGAUUGGUGCAACACCAGUGCUCGCCACCGGAUACGAAGUUUCCAUUAAUAGCAUGUAA